GUAAAGCGUGGUCCCAGCUCGCUCGUGCAGUCAGUUUGGUCCAGCGGCGCACGAGCGAGAGAAAGUUAGAGCAGAAAGUUUGGUGGCGAAAAUAUUCCAUCCCAAAUUGAGAUGGCUGCUGAGAUCAACUAUUAACCUGCUGGUUUAGUUUUUUUUCCCUUGUGUUUUCCAUCGUAUGUUAGAAAAUAACGUUCUUCUGGUGUUUGUGGAAGAAGUCCGCGCCUCCUCCUCCUCCUCCUGCGCGCUGCCUCUCAUUCAUGCGGCGGAGGAGCGGAGCCCGCGGACGAGGAUACAAUGAAGCAUGUGUCCGAGACAAUGCAGCGAGAUGCUCCGAUUCUGCUUCUCACGGGAUGAGGGGGACGAUUUGCUCGACUACAGAGGGAGACCAGCGGCUAAAAGAAUGAAUCUUUAGCCUCUGCAAGCUAUGACCACCAAGCCGACCAGAAUCUAGACGUCUAAGUGCAAAGCCGGGACUCAAGAAUGAAGACCAAAUAUGCAAUCGUCUUCAUCUGUAUUGUUGCCCUGGUCAUCAUCGAAAAGGAGAGCAAUAUCCUGUCAAGGGUCUCCGAUAAGCUGAUCCAGAGGCAGACUCCUCAGCUGACCCCACACUCACCACUGGAUAACAGCAACACGACACAAAAUGGCCCCCUGUCCAUGCUCAAAAUGCUGCUUUCUAAACUCACUGGUGCAAAAGGGAAUUACACAAAUUUUUCUGACGAGCAAGAGGAUGAUGAACUGGAGGAUUUAGGGACGAACAGCUCCAGCAAUGGCCGUAAGCACAUAUUGCUCUUGGCCACCACACGAACAGGUUCUUCGUUUGUCGGGGAGUUUUUCAACCAGCACAGAGAGAACAUGUUCUACCUGUUCGAGCCUCUGUGGCACGUCGAGCGCAUGCUGAGUUUGGCCGCGGAGGCAAACAAUGGGACAGCUUUGACAGGAAUCUACCGGGAUGUACUCCAGGGGCUCUUCCUGUGUGAUUUCUCUCCUCUUGAGAAGUUCAUCUCUCCCCCACCUGAGGACCACGUAACUGCUGCUCUUUUCCGCCGAGAGUCGAGUUUAUCGCUCUGUGAAAAACCCGUCUGCACUCCUUUCAUCAAGGAAGUUUUCGAGAGGUUUCACUGUAAGAUUCAUCGCUGUGGGCCGCUGAACUUGACUCUUGCAUCUGAGUCCUGUCUUUCCAAGCAACACCAUGCCAUAAAGACUGUCCGUGUGCGCCAGUUGGAAUCAUUGCAGCCGCUGGUGGAGGAUCCACGUCUGGAUGUGAGAGUGAUCCAGCUAGUCCGAGAUCCACGGGCCAUCUUAGCAUCCCGUAUGGUGGCUUUCUCUUCUAAGUAUCAGACGUGGAAGUCCUGGGCGCAGGACGGCCAGGUGCCUGAAGAUGAUGAGGAGGUGAAGAGGCUCAAAGGAAACUGUGAUCAAAUUAGGAUGUCUGCAGAGGUGGGACUGAGUCAACCUCGCUGGCUGAGGAACCGCUACAUGUUGGUGCGUUACGAGGACAUUGCCCAGUAUCCGAUGCAGAAAGCAGAGGACAUGUACAGAUUCACAAGGAUACCAUUCAGUCCCCAAGCUAGGAAGUGGAUUCUAAGGAACACCCAGACCACACCGAGAGCGAGCGACAUUUACUCCACCCAGAAGAACUCAUCAGAGCAGGCAGAAAAAUGGAGGUUUAGCAUUCCCUUUACACUGGUUCAGGUGGUGCAGAGAGUGUGUGAACCCACCAUGAAGAUGUUUGGGUACAGGAUUGUGGAUGAUGAAAAGAUGCUGAUCAACAAGUCCAUCAGUUUGCUCGAGGAAAGAAUGUUUCAUUAGCUUGAAGGUCCCAAAUUGUAGCUGUGAAUCUGCAGAACUCUGCACACAAUGCAUCAAACCCAGCAGGAGCCAUUAUUGCACAGACCAAAACUUGUAAGCAAAGCUGUCAUAAGACACAAAAUGACUGAGUAUUUAGGCCAUACAGUUCUAUUCAUACUCACCAAUGAUGUGCCUCAUGAAGAGCCACUUAAAGAUAAAGAGAAGUAUUUAUUUGCAUACUGUGUUCUUACUGAAGUACUUAAGUUAUGUCAUGGUACUCUAGAUACAUUCAUACAUAAGCAUAGACGUCAAGCCUGCCAGAUUGCCUGAGAUUAUUAUAUAAGAUUUUAUUGAUAGAUGAUUAUGUUUAGAUUUUCAGGGAUAAACUACAGUGAAGGUGAAAGUGAUGUGAAAAUGAUGUGAUGUGAAAGUGAGAGUCGUCAUACGGUUAAUGAUAUAGUGAUAAUACUGCCUAGUUCAGCCUGUUUUCUAUAUCAACAGAUCUGCACGGGGAUAUCAUCACUUUAGAUUAGACCUGAUCUGCGUUGAUAGGACUUUACAUAACUGACUCGGGUAAAGUGAAUGUUCAAGUGCUUUUUCUGGUGUCUUCAUGUGGAGCAUUCAUAUCCUCUCAACAGUGCACCAUGUGAAAAUACAGUUUAAUCUCUAGCCCCUCUCAGAUAUGCCCUGAAAUUUUCCUGGGGUUUCCCAGAGGGGCUGUAUGUAGGAAUGCAAAUGUACAAGUUAGUUGCUUCCGACAUGUUCCAUAACUUUUCCUGCCGCCACUAGUAAAGUGUAUGCAAAAUGGAGUGAGCCCAUGUGGAAAUACAGCAGGAAAAUGUAUGAAAUAAUUCACAGUUAGCAAGUGAGCAUGUUGGUGAUGCUCAUAGUGCAUGAGAGAUGCAAAACUGAAAAAAACAAUAAGAAUAUAAAUAAUUUAGUAUGAAGAAGAGUGCCACAUACAUAGCAGAUACCAACGACGAUAUCAACUUGCAAAGAUUCGAUGAUGAUAUGUGAUUGGUUUUCUGCAGUGGAAUUUUUACGUCAUGUCUGGCCUCUUGCAUACUCUACCCUUGGCACCAACCCCCGCCACUACCGGACAUCUUCCUGCUCCUGUGAACACGUCUGACUGGGACAAACCCCGGCUGCGUUCUUCAUGUUUAAAAGGAAAAUGUCCGGAUCAAAUGUUCCAAAGUUCAUGUCUGAAAACAGCUACUGAUGUCUUAAACCAAAUGCCAUUUAAAGCAGUUUUUAUUCCAAAAGAAAGUUGGUAAAGAUAAAUAUAUAGUAUAAUACUCAUAAGGUUAAAUAAAAUAAGGCAACGCUAAAGAAGAAACAUACUUUACCUCAUAUACCUUCAUGUGUCUUUAACAUUCAAGUGCUAUUUUUUACUCACUACUCAGCCAGUAGCUAUAUUUCCCAGUGUUGCUUCCCCACCCGUAGUAAACAGACAGUUUGAUGUCAAUUUAAAAAAGCAGCUUCUCCUGCUGCUCCUGUCGGCAGCUCGCUCUGAAUGAAAAUGAAACGACUCUGUUAAGUCAGAGCUGAUCCAUAUAUGUCAGAGAAAUAUGCUAAGACAACUUUUAACUACACAACUUAAAGCAAUAAAAUCACGAGAAAUAUGAAGACGUGCAAUUUUCAGUCAUGACAUGUUUUGGGUUUUGGUUAAAUAUAUACAAUGUGACUGUAUUAAUGUGGACUAUCUCUUUAAGUGAAACCCAGGUGCUGUAGCGUUAACUGUCCCUCUUGACGGUAUAUAAAGGUAGCCUCUGUGACUCUGCUUCAAUGGCAGCAUUGUGUUCAGCUUGGCUGAGGUACCGUUGAAACUGCCGGCCCGCUCAUGGAAAAAGGAUAUGCAUAGAUAUACAUAUAGUAGUGGGCUUAUACUACCUUACUGUUGAAAACAUAAAUAUGAAUACUGGCAGAUCUUGAGUUGCCCAGAUUUACUACUUAAGUCUUCAAGCUAAAAAACGAAUACUGUGAAAUACCAACUUAAACAAUAAGUGUAGUCAGAGUGGACACACAUUCAGAUACCCAAGUCUAAAUAAUAUGCUGGGAGCAGAUAUGUUUGACUGGUGGUUCAACCUUCACAGAGAAUUUAUUGUCAACUUCGUUGAAAAAGUAUUAAACCGUCACUCACUACAAUGGCGCUCAGCGAUAUGUAUAACUCUGCCAAGCAGGAACGUGCACAGACAUUUUGGGGGGCAGGGGCUCAAAUGAGAAAUAGGGCACUUCUCAUAAUUAUAUAUAAAAAAA